CAUCACAUGUUAGUUUGCUCAUCGGCCCCAGAUUAAAUCACAGAACAUCAGGACAGAGAGGGAGAGGAGCUGCGACAGCUGGAGCAGCAGGGACGGGGGCUCUGUCCGAGAACACAGGACACAUUUGGGGUUACUUUUUUUUUUCUCUAAAUUUGAAAUAAAUUCAUUAUUUUUGUUUCCAUACUGCAGAGUUAGAAUGGGAGCCCUGCGAUUUGCUUUUCUUCUCCUGGUGUGCGCCUGCGCUGUUUACCAAUCUGAUGGACGCAAAACCUACGCUGACAUUUUCCCCCACAAACAUGACGUAGCUGGGAAGCUUCCAUUUCCAAUCCCACCAAUCCCCGGCUGGGAUCCUGACACCAACCCAUGGGACGAUUUCCUCUACCCCCCACUCAACCCAAAGCCAAAGGAGCUCACGCACCACAGAGGUAAACCUAAAGUCCAUCUGACCAGCGACAGCCCGGCUCUCAAUGGUUCUUGCAUCUCUUUCACUGCCAAGCUGGAGUACCCUCCGUGCCAGAAGGAGGAUUCCAAUGGGGACUUGGUUUGGGACGAGCACUGCGAGGACGGUACGGAGCUGGAGGCCUCAGCAGCUAAUGGACAGGUACGUUCUGGAUACGUGUACAACUGGACCUCCUGGAUGGAUGACUACGGCUAUGGAAAGUGUACAGACCUGAAGAAGUGCAACGUGUUCCCUGAUGGAAAGCCCUUCCCUCAGAGCAGCGACUGGAGACGCAAGAGCUACGUCUAUGUGUGGCACUCAAUGGGCCAGUACUAUGAGACAUGUGACGGCUCCUCCUCGAGUGUAACCAUCAACACCACAAACAUCCCUUUAGGGGCAGAAGUCAUGGAGGUCAUGGUCUACAGGAAACGAGAGCGCAGGAAGUACAGCCCCCUCACCACGGACAACACCGUCUUUUUCAUCACAGAUAAGAUCCCAGUGGCGGUCGACAUCUCCCAGAGGUCUGUGGUCAACCAGUCUGACAAUGUUUUCUUUCGUGGUGAGGAUGUGAUCUUCAAAGUCCAGCUUCAUGACCCCAGCGGGUACCUUAAAACCGCCACCUCUGUCGACUACAUCUGGGACUUCAGAGACGGCAAUCAGGUUGUGACACACCGCGAACUGACCACACACACCUACAACAGGCUGGGGAACAUGAGCGUGAAGCUGGUGGUGGAGGCGGCGUUUGCUGUAGAGUGUCCCCCACAUGCUGUGACCCCCUCUCAUCCUCCCACAGAGGCUCCCACGGCUCCUCCAGGUACUCACGCUGGUACUGUCAAGAUGGAGACCACACGGGCUCCACGCAGCACCAGCUGGCCCCUUCCCUCGACUACGUCCACUCCCAGCGCCAUGCCAACCACAGAGCCCCUCCCCCCGACCGUGGCCAGUUCGACUCCAGAGUACGACCCCACCUGGCUCCGCAGGAGACGUCUCAACAGCAACGAGUGUUUCCGCUACGCUCACGGCUCCUUUGUUGGAAACAUCACCAUUAUUGAGCGUAAAAACAGCCUGGGCGGCCCACUGAACAGUCGCAUCGUGGACGUGUCGGCCUCCAGAGUGACCAACACCGACAUCAACUUCCUGGUCAAAUGUCUGGGCAACAUCCCCACCUCCGCCUGCACCAUCGUGUCAGACCCCAGCUGCACCCGUGUGAGUAACAUUAUGUGUGAUGACGUCCCCCCGUCGCCUCGCUGUGAGGUGCAGCUCAGGCGGACGUUUCUGGAGCCGGGUACCUACUGUGUCAACAUCACGCUGGAGGACUCCAGCAGUCUGGCCCUGACCAGCACUACCGUCACCAUCAGCAAGUCCCAGGAUGCACCUGGAGUGACCAAGAAGUCUAAUGCUGCAGAGGUGGUGCUGUCCUCCAGCGCUGUGAUGGUGGCCGUCUUUGCCUUCAUUGCCUACCUUGUCUGCAGACGUUACAAGGUGUACCGACCCAUUCGCAGGUCACUGAUCGAGGAUGCCCGCGGCAAUGUUGGAGUCAAGGACCGCAUGGCCCGCAUGAGGGAGGCCCUCUUCCCCUCCAAUGAGGAGAGCCAUCACCUGCUGACUGAGAGACGCCCCCUGUAGGUUUCAAGGAGCUACGCUAGAGCAUUCCUGCACAUGAUGGCAAAAUUGCAGGAGAAAAAUCAGGAAUCAAGUGCAGAUCUGAGCUGAAUUCACACAUGAAGACAGCAGGAAAUCAUUUACGCCUGUGUUGAAUCAUUAGUAAUUAAUGCUGAUGUCUUGUUUGCUUCUUAAUUAUCAUGUUAUGGUUGUUUUUUGCUUGUUUUUUGAUACACUUUAGCAGGAGAUUAACUGUGCUCAUGCUCAUGUUUGUUGUGAAGUGUAAAUGCAAACUCUGUUCCACACACUGCUUCAUAAUACUGACCUUCCACUGUAAUGAUAACACUUUCUGGAUGGAUUUCUUUUAUAAUAUUGACAUUUGCAUGCUGCUUUACAGCUGAGAGGAUUAGAAUGAAAAAACUCCAAAACUAAUUCCAGGACUUCACUUGAGACUUCACACUUGAAUA